AAGCAAGAGAAAGACAUUGCCUCCUCUUACCUCUCGAGCAUACUCACACUGCCUCAAGCCCAAAACAUGACAGUCCUCAAGCUUGUGUUCGGCCUUGCCAUGGUGGCAUGCCAGGUCAUGGCCGAGACCCCAUCAGCUUCAGAGGUCUCCUUGGCACAGCUCAUGGGCGGCGCCGACUUUUCCCCCAUUCAAGUCCGGCAGGAGGGCACCUGCUCCCCUGGGUCUGUCCGGUGCAACAGUGGCUGCAUGCCCAUCGGAUUCGUGUGCUGCACUCGCGGCUACUGCGAGACAGGAGAGUACUGCUCAGGCAGCAACACCUGCUGCCCGCUGGGCAAGACCUGCUCAGGCCCCGGCGUCUGCCGCGACGACCAAGUGCGGUGUAACACUGGCUGCAUGCCGCAGGGCAAAGUCUGCUGCCUGACCGGCUACUGCGACGCCGGCGAGACCUGCCUGACCAACGGAAGAUGCGGUACGGGCGGUGGCAGCAGCGGCGGCGGCGGCGGCGGUAGUGGUAGCGCAACGGCUUCGAGCCAGUCGUCCACCCCGACAACGACCCGCUCCUCGUCCUCGACGACGCGGACCACGCGCUCGACCACGCUCUCCAGCCCAACGCCCACCACCAGCCUCGAUCCCUUCUUCGACGAUCCGGCCCCGACCGGCCCCAGGGCUGGAGACCCCACCCCGACGGGGCCCAGGGCCGGGGAUCCCACCACGUCUGCGGGCACGGGCGCUGCUGUUCGUGGACAGCAGCUCGAUGGGUGGGUUGCUGGGCUGGUCAUGGCGGUGGGUGGCAUGCUGUUGUGA